CUCCAGGGCAGGCUGGUGACGGAGCUGGGACGACAAGUGACAUCUCACGGCUCACUCAGCUGCACCGGACCCCCAACAGAAAGAGUUCCGACUGAAGAAAAGGACAGAUGUUCACACACAAUUCCAUUUUUGUAAAAGAAAAAAGGGACACACACGUGUGCACGUGUGUGUGCGAGUGUGAGAGAGUCUGGAAUGAUACACAGCAAAAGGAAAGAACAUGAGUCAGCAAGUAAACAGAAGCCGGAGCUGCUCCUUCAGCGAUGUGGAUGAGCUGAUGAAGACGGUGCAGCUGACGGUCCACAUCCCCACCUUCCUCCUGGGCCUCCUCCUCAACGUGCUGGCCAUCCGAGGCUUUAGCACCUUCCUGAAGAAGAGGUGGCCAAAUUAUGCUGCCACUUCCAUCUACAUGAUCAACCUGGCAGUCUUUGACCUGCUGCUGGUGCUGUCCCUUCCGUUCAAGAUGGCGAUGUCCAACGUAUGGGCUCCCCAUCCUUCCGUCUGUACCUUCGUGGAGUGCUUCUACUUCGUGAGCAUGUACGGGAGUGUCUUCACUAUCUGCUUCAUUAGUCUGGAUAGAUUCUUGGUCAUCCGGUACCCGUUCCUGGUCAGCCACCUCCGGUCCCCCAGGAAGAUCUUUGGGAUCUGUUGCACCAUCUGGGUCCUCGUGUGGGCGGGGAGUAUUCCCAUCUACAGCUUCCACGGGAAGGCGGAAAAGUACACGUGCUUCCACAACAUGUCCGAUGGCACCUGGAGUCCCCAGGUCUUCUUCCCCCUUGAGGUGUUCGGCUUCCUCCUUCCCCUGGGUGUCAUGGGUUUCUGUUCCUCCAGGAGCAUUCACAUCCUGGUCCGCCGUCGGGGCCUCACCGAGGACUGGGUCCAGCAGAAGGCCUGCAUCUGGACAAUUGCAGCCAGCCUGGCUGUCUUCGUGGUCUCCUUUCUUCCGGUCCAUUUGGGUUUCUUCUUGCAGUUCCUGGUACGGAAUGGCUUUAUUGUGGAGUGUAGAGCUAAGCAGAACAUCAGCUUGUUCUUGCAAUUGUCCAUGUGUUUCUCCAACAUCAACUGCUGCCUAGAUGUCUUCUGCUACUAUUUUGUCAUCAAAGAAUUCCGCACGGACAUCAUGGCCCACCGGCCUUCCAGGGUCCAGCUCGUCCGCCAGGAUACCAUGACCAGCAGGAUCUAAGGAAGGAAAGACCUACACAGAAGAAGGAACCCCCGGCCCCAAAUCCCAGUAGCAGAUAUCGCGUUCCGACGUUUCUGAUGUGGUGGACCGAUGUGGCACAUUUGCUGGUGUGCUUUCCCUUGUGGUGCUCAUUGAACACUGUCUUUGCUCAUUAUGCUCCAAAGAGCUUUCCCCAGCAUGCAGACAACUGGACAUGAAUCACCCAGUAUUUGGGAAUCUCUGAAGGACCCGAGAAACGGGUGAAUUCUUUAUUUCUAAGCUCAAAAACAUGAGGCAGAAGAAUUGAGAAAGAGGAGACCAUCGGAGCAAGGCUGUUUCCCAGCUCUUCCCCAUCCUUCUGUUAGACUAGAAGGUUCUGGAAAGGAAGAGAGACGAGUUAGGAGAGAGACCCGAGAGGGUUGGUCAUGGUGGGAAAUGCUCUGGGAACAGACGGAGCAGGAGGGAUGCAGCAAGCUCCUUUCUAGUUCGGGGAUCCCAGGGUAGAGCAGAUUUGUACUUCCCCAUCCUUUCUGGGGCUUUGUUGGCCAAUAACCUCACAGAGAUGAUAGCAAGUGGGGGUGAGGGGGGCAGAGAAAGAACCUACAGAGAGCCCCAAGUUUCCUAUGGGAAAGAAGGGCCUGGGAAGCCAGCCGAAGCUUCCCGUGUUCUCCCCAAGGCUGCAGAAGGAUGAGGGGAGCCGGUGUGAACCAGGCCAUGGUGAAGCUAUGGACGCUUCGUGGAAGAAUUGGGGACAGAGUGGAAAGGCACUGGUGACACCUGAGAGCCACAAGGGAAUUGGAUACACCUGGGGAAGGAAGGUGACAGGCCAAGGACCCCCUGUUGCCAUCAUGAUGUAGCCUAGAAGAGGCUGAUCUAAGGAUUCAGGCUUGCUUUGGUUCAGCCAGAGGAGAAUAAGGAACAUGUGUUUGUCUUGCCCACCUGAAUCCUGCCAGGACGGCUGGCUCGGAGCCACUAUCCACAGAACUGUCCCUCUCCAGUGGCCGGGAGGGGGCAAAUGAGCCAGCCAGGAAUGGGAGGAAUCAUCUCGAUGGCAUGGAGCCCCUGGCAGUUCCUACUCGAAGACCAAACAACUGCCUCCCGGUUUGGACCGGGCUUCUCUCUCCAGUGGCCCCGAGGAGGAGGAGCGGUGGCGGCGUGAGCCUUGCGAGGACACAGCCGCCGCUCCAGAGAGCAAAAUGACUAGAAGGAUGGGUUGUGGGGUGGUUUUGCGAGACGGAGUGAGUGGGACGAGAUGUAAGGGAUGAGACCUAAUGUGAGAAAGGGGGAGGUCUUUAGGAAGAAAAGAACCACUUUCUACUUGGAGGGAAAGGGGCUUCCACUGCCAAGGGGUGGGUGGAAGGUAGGUGGCUUGUGGCCGAAGAAGAGGGCGAUUUCGAUAAUCCUGCCAGGAGGCGGGGGCGGAGGCUGGGUGAUUACCGAGGUGAGGCCCGAAGCCACGGGGCUCUGUGAAGGGGUGGGGUAGCGGCGGGGGGUGGUGGAGAGGAAGCGUGGAGGGCAGAGCUGCUUCCUGCUUGAGAAUCGCCAGCUUGGCUGAGAGCAUCCAAGGGCAGGAGCCCCUCUGCCUCCUGCUUCCGCCCCGGCCAACUCAGCAGUCAGGUGGAGGGAAGGGUGAGAACACGGCGUCAACGAAAGGGUGGAAAUAGCUGUGGAGGAAUGAUCGUGACCAGGACCAAAGGCUCCCGCCCACCCUCCCCCACACUGGGCAUCCAGGAACCGGUAGCCUGGGGCAGAGGCUCUGCAGUCCAAGCUGCCCUGAGGUGCCUACACCCUGCACCGUUUCGCGGCCAUCCUGGACAGAGGCUCUAAGAAAGCCAGGCUGUUACAUCCAGCAGGACAUUGGUGCCGGGGGUUGGUGGCGGGGCGGGGGGGGGGCGGGGAGCGGUCAGAGCCCAUGGGUACGUGCAGUCACCGCCUCUCCCUCAGUUUCUCUCUUUGCACUGGGAGCUGGGGGUCCAACAUGUGGCACUUAUAUCUACCACUUACAUAGGGCCAGACAGGUUUCCUGGGAGAAAAUUGAUGGCAGGGCCCUGACAACCCAUCACCCCCUGUGAUGUUCAUAAACAUAAAAUGUUGUCCUGGGGGCAGCAUGACCCUGCCCGAGCCGGGUGAUGGAGAAGGCGAGAGGGGAAGCUAGACCUAUGAGCUCAGGUCGAUAUGGCAACCGUGGACUUGUGGGUGAGCCUUGGAGACCCCCCCACCCGCCCGCCACUGAUCCCAACACACUGGAGGAGCCCACGAGCCUCUUCUGUCUCUCCAUGGGGACCCAUCCUGGUCUGCGAGUCACAGAGGACUCAGCAGGGUCUGUAGGGGUGGGCUCAGGUCCAGCGCUUCAGACCAGGCCGCUCUGCAGGAGGGUCCACACUGUAGGCCAAGCAGUCAGGCCCAGCAGGCACAGGAGGGACAGAGGUCAGGGUCAGGGUCAGGGUUCAGGUGCUGAGGCAUUCGAGGGCCCAUUCGAAUUGGCGAACGCUGAGCUUAGUUGUGGAAAUCACUGAAAUUCCUGCCAUCAAAGGAGGCUGGGGGACGUUAUUUGGCCAUAAAUGUGACCUAUUUUUCCUCCCAGUCUGGAAAAACCUGAGACAUACUUGUCAUAUGUGCAUGUAUGAAGCUAGCACAAUUAAGUGGAAAA